AUGGUCGACUGGUCAGCACCAAUGCCGGAUCUCCUGUACGGGACAGCGUGGAAGGAAGAUCAAACGGCAGUGCUGGUCGAACAAGCCCUGAAAGCCGGCUUUCGUGGCAUCGAUACUGCAGCUCAGCCACGCCACUACAAUGAGGCCCUGGUAGGUUCUGCUGUCAGAACAGCAGUGCUGACUGGAGUUGUCGAGGAGCGGAGAGCCCUAUUUAUACAGACGAAGUUCACACCCAUCGGUGGGCAGGACCUCGACAACCUGUCAUACGACCCGACCUCAUCACUAGAAGACCAAGUGCACGCCUCGGUUAUGUCUUCGCUUGGCAACUUUGACUAUAUCGACUGCCUGAUCCUGCACUCGCCACUGGACACACUACCAGAGACGGUCAGGGUCUGGAAGGCUCUUGAGACCUACGUGCCACACUGCAUCAGGCGGCUAGGGAUUUCCAACACUACCAUUCGCACGCUCGACCAUCUGUGUACCGAUCCCGGGAUCAGGGUCCGUCCGGCCUGCGUGCAAAACCGGUUCAGUCCGGCGACGCGUUGGGAUAUCGUGAUACGGGCCUACUGCCGUGAGAGGGACAUCAAGUUUCAGGCAUUCUGGAUCUUGACGGGAAAUCCCGAGCUGCUUGCGAGUAAGCCGGUGCUGGAGCUUGCAGAGGGUGCAGCCAUCGGGGCCCCGAUUGCCUUGUAUGCACUUGUGUUGGGAUUGCAGGGCACGGCUAUUUUGAGCGGCACAACGGACUGGAAGCACAUGAAUGACGACCUGAAGGUGACUGAAGUUGUGGACGUCUUUUCCCGGAGUGAAAGCGGCCGGAAAACCUGGUCGGAUUGCCUUUCCGAGUUCAAGAAGAUGAUCGGGGAGGUGCAUUAG